UAAAUUGUAAUCUGGCAUUAGACGUUAUCGAAGUGCCCCCACCUCUUUCUUUUUUUUCACGUGGUCCAGAAAAUAGGUGGUCUGCCAAUUCACAGAAGCUUAACAAAAAAAAAACGAAAAAGGUACAAAGUCUUAAACGUGAUGUCAAAUUUUGAUCCGUUCUCGUUUUUGGAAGAUAUGAGAUCGUUCGGGCAUUUCAAUUUCAAUGCCCCGAAUGGCAACUUCACGGGUAAUAGCCAAUACACCCCUCCUCCUUUCAACGGAUCCACUGAGGGCGUCGACUUUAAUAAUCCGCUUCCUUCGCUGACUAUGUUAACCCCAGGACCGGAAAGGGGCGUCUUCAUAAUGGGAACGGUUCCCGAGCGGAUGAUUCCAGCGCUAUCCAAUCUAAUGAGAGAAUUCCAGAGAUUCUCUUUUAGCCCUGUGGGUCGGCAGUCCACAAGCAUGCAGGCGAUUGUGGAACCAAAUCCAGAGGACCUAUCUGAUUCGCAGCCUUCAGGUCAACUCGGACAAAAUGUGUAUGAUAAUAGUAGUUGGCCCAUAAUACCAUCAUUUGAAGAAUCAGAAACCGUGCCGAUAUGCCAAUCCUCUGGGAAUUCGCCAAAUGUGUAUGAUAAUAGUAGUUGGCCCAUAAUACCAUCAUUUGAAGAAUUAGAAACCGUGCCGAUAUACCAAUCGUCUGGGAAUUCGCAGAGGUAUCUUCCGUCUUACGGAUCCCAGCAGGCUCCGCAGUCCCAGCAGCAGGCUCAGACCCAGCAACAGCAGCAGAACUACCGAGCUGGAGGUACUGGUACAAAUGCCAUCACUGGUUCAACUGCAAAUGGAGCACGUGUUGCAGCCAAUCCUCCAUUGUCUUUGGAGUACUAUCCAACUGAUCCUGGGUAUCCCCAGACCUCUGGUCCGGCUGAAGUGCUAAAUUUGUGCGAUGGGAUUCGUAAAGUCGACUUGAAAAUGAUUGGCGUGCUGCAUGGUGAGAACCGGAAAAACAGAUGCGAGUACUGCUACGAUGGUAGCUUCCGAUCCAUCAAGCUCAUGGUGAAUGGGAAAGGUUUUCAGCAAAAGAAGAUGCAGUGCCGCUUUUGCUGGAAGCAGCUGCCUGACUGGGAUCAGUACGGCGACCACCUGGCAAAAUGUGAGCCUGUGAAGAUGCCUUACGGCUGCUGCUUGUGCCCAUUCAAAGCCAUGACUCGUGCUGAGCUAGAGGAUCACUUUCUUAACUGCGAUGGAGACGACAUUUAA